AUGGUGACCUGUCCCCGUGUCCCUCUGUCCCCGUGUCCCUCUGUCCCCGUGUCCCUCUGUCCCUGUGUCCCUCUGUCCCCGUGUCACUCUGUCCCUGUGUCCCUGUGUCCCCGUGUCACUCUGUCCCUCUGUCCCCGUGUCCCUGUGUCCCUCUGUCCCCGUGUCACUCUGUCCCCGUGUCCCUCUGUCCCCGUGUCCCUCUGUCCUCGUGUCACUCUGUCCCUGUGUCACUCUGUCCCUGUGUCACUCUGUCCCUGUGUCACUCUGUCCCCGUGUCCCUCUGUCCCCGUGUCCCUCUGUCCCCGUGUCCCUCUGUCCCUGUGUCCCUCUGUCCCCGUGUCCCCGUGUCCCUCUGUCCCCGUGUCCCUCUGUCCUCGUGUCCCUCUGUCCCAGUGUCCCUCUGUCCCCGUGUCCCUCUGUCCCCGUGUCCCUCUGUCCUCGUGUCACUCUGUCCCUGUGUCACUCUGUCCCUGUGUCACUCUGUCCCUGUGUCACUCUGUCCCCGUGUCCCUCUGUCCCCGUGUCCCUCUGUCCCCGUGUCCCCCUCUGUCCUCGUGUCACUCUGUCCCUGUGUCACUCUGUCCCUGUGUCACUCUGUCCCUGUGUCACUCUGUCCCCGUGUCCCUCUGUCCCCGUGUCCCUCUGUCCUCGUGUCCCUCUGUCCCCGUGUCACUCUGUCACUCUGUCCCCGUGUCCCUCUGUCCCCGUGUCACUCUGUCCCCGUGUCACUCUGUCCCCGUGUCACUCUGUCCCCGUGUCCCUGUGUCCCUCUGUCCCUGUGUCCCUCUGUCCCCGUGUCCCUCUGUCCCCGUGUCACUCUGUCCCUGUGUCCCUCUGUCCCCGUGUCACUCUGUCCCUGUGUCCCUCUGUCCCCGUGUCCCUCUGUCCCCGUGUCCCUCUGUCCCCGUGUCCCUCUGUCCUCGUGUCCCUCUGUCCCCGUGUCACUCUGUCACCGUGUCCCUCUGUCCCCGUGUCACUCUGUCCCCGUGUCACUCUGUCCCCGUGUCACUCUGUCCCCGUGUCCCUGUGUCCCUCUGUCCCUGUGUCCCUCUGUCCCUGUGUCCCUCUGUCCCCGUGUCACUCUGUCCCUGUGUCCCUCUGUCCCCGUGUCACUCGGUCCCCGUGUCCCUCUGUCCCCGUGUCCCUCUGUCCCUCUGCCAGUUCCAGUGUGCCCAUAGGAGGCGGUGCAUCGAGGGGGGGCAGGUGUGUGACGGAGAGUCCCAGUGUCAGGACGACUCCGACGAGCGGCGCUGUCCGAGUCCCGGUGACGGCUGCGUUCACUUCUGCGACAACCGCAGCCGCUGCCUCCCGCCCACGUUCCUCUGCGACGGCGCCAAGGACUGUCUGGACGGGACCGACGAGGACCACUGCGGUGAGGUCCAGGACAUGCUAAUACAGACUGUAUACAGAUGCUAA